AUGGAUCGACCGUCCGACGCAGCCCCCGAUGGCUCCUCGCCAAGAACAUUCGCCAUCAACCACGUCAGGCCAAAGUCCAGCUUCCAAGGCUGUUCGCGGAUAUCCGAUUAUGAGCUGCAAGGGAAAUUGGGCGAGGGUACUUUUGGUGAGGUUCACCGCGCUCGAUCACGCAAAACAGGCGCACUUGUCGCCUUGAAGAAGAUUAUAAUGCAUCACGAAAAGGAUGGCUUUCCCAUCACCGCUCUGCGAGAAAUUAAGCUUCUCAAGCUGCUGUCCCACCCAAAUAUCCUACGACUGGAAGAUAUGGCCGUAGAACAUCCCACGAGGGCGACCGACAAACGCAAGAAACCCAUCAUGUACAUGGUGACGCCAUACAUGGAUCACGAUCUCUCUGGCCUCCUCGAUAACCCAUCUGUUCACUUUAAAGAAGCUCAAAUCAAAUGUUACAUGCUCCAGCUGCUCCAGGGUCUGCGCUAUCUUCACGAGAAUCACGUCCUCCACCGAGAUAUGAAGGCUGCCAAUCUUCUCAUCAACAACAAGGGCAUCCUCCAGAUUGCCGAUUUCGGUCUCGCACGCCACUACGACGGGCCAACGCCAAGAGCUGGCCACGCUGUUGGAGAUGGCCGACGAGACUACACUGGGUUGGUCGUUACGAGAUGGUACCGGCCCCCCGAGCUUCUGCUGCAGCUAAGGCAAUAUACCACCGCUAUUGACGUGUGGGGAGUUGGCUGUGUCUUUGGAGAGAUGUUAUACGGCAAGCCCAUCCUUGCCGGCGAGAGCGAUGCCCAUCAACUUGAUCUUAUCUGGGAUCUCAUGGGUUCGCCCAGUGAUGAAAACAUGCCAGGGUGGAAGAAUCUGCCCGGAAGCGACCAUUUAUCUCCCAGAUCACGACCUGGAAACCUUCAGAGCCGCUUCAGGGAAUACGGCUCCGGAGCAAUUUCUCUGCUGAAAGAUUUAUUGAAGCUGGAUUGGAGGACACGGAUAAAUGCCGUAGAUGCGUUACAGCACCCGUACUUUAAGAAAGAGCCCCUACCCAUGGAACCACAUCAGCUUCCCACAUACGAAGAAAGUCAUGAGCUGGAUCGAAGAAAGUUUCACGACCGCAAGGCUGCCCUGCCGCCUGCACCCAAGGGAGGAACGGUCGGCCUGGGACCUGAUGCCAACGGAGCGACUGCAGGCUUCAACAGCAGUGACGGGUAUGGCAGCCGAAACGGCGCCAAUGGAGGACGAUUCAGAGGCGGUCCGGAUGAAAGGCGGCCGGCUUGGCAGAGAGACCGAGAACGCGGCCCUGCAUCACGACCUCCCCAAGACCGAACUCAAAAUUGGGACGACGCUGACCAUCGGGAUCGGGAUCGGCCGCCCCGUAAUCGCGCGCCAAACCGUGGGCCGGAUAUUGAUACAUAUAUCCCAAGCUAUGGACGAGAAGAAGGUGGAAAUAACCGACGCAGGGAUGAUGACCGGCCACGGGAUGAUCGUCGACGUCCUACCAGCAAGGACAGUGGACGACGGUACGAUAGAGAUCGCCGGACGAGGAGUCGGAGCCGCUCGCCCAUGCACGAUAGGACUCGCGAACGAGAGAUUUAUCGACGAUAA